AUGGCUGCGUCCAUGGGACGGUUAAUAUUACAAUCGGAUUGGGAUCAGGUUUUGGGGAAAUCUAACGAAUCAACGUGGAUAACGUUUAAAACAGAAAUACCACCGAGCACUCAUGGAAAAUUGACAUCCCAGGGAGCUUCAUCAGAUGGAAUACCAUAUGUGACAGGGUCUGAUGGAUUUGCUGUCCAGGAAGUCACAAAGAAAUCAAUAUCAGUCACCUACAAAUCAGACUCGGUUGAGUUAACCAGGUUAUUUUUAGCCCCACGAAUCACUUUUUCAACUGUACACACACCGGGAAAAACGAUUUCUUGUGUAGAUACCACACCUGGAGGACUAGGUGUGUCAGCUGACAGUCUAGGACGACUGAGGAUCUGGCAAACAAGCAAUGGAGAAAUCAGGAGAGAGUUAGAGGGUCAUCUCGGCGAUGUUUACACUUGUCGGUUCUUCCCCUCUGGAUUGGUUGUGUUGUCGGGUGGUUCUGACAUGCAGCUAAAGAUCUGGUCAGCAGAAACUGGCAAAUGUGGAGCAACACUCAUUGGCCACAGGGCAGGUGUUCAGGACACAGCCAUUGUAGAUCGUGGACGGAACAUUGUCUCCUGUGGACGGGAUGGAACUGCACGUCUUUGGGAUGUUGGACAGCAGGCGUGUUUAGAUGUGUUCUCUGAUUGUGGUGGUGAGGUGAAUUGUUGUAGUAUUGGUGUCCCUAGCGAUGUCUGUGGGGAUCUAGGACAACCAGCGGCGCCACCUAGUGACAGAGAAGUGCUGACAGAAGGCAAGUUGCUAUUGUUAGGCUGUGAGAACAAGACCUUACAAGGGUAUGGCCUACAGAGUCGCAAAAAGGUGUUUGAAUUGCCUACACAUGAUGCUGUCAACUGCUGUUGUCAUCUGUCUGAUGUGAGUGCUGUUUAUGGGACACAGGAUGGACACGUCACAGUGGUGGACUACAGAAACGUCAAAGUACCUUUGAAGGAAUGGAAAGAUACAAGGGGUCCUAUACUCUCCUUGUGUCCGCUCUCACAGGGAUUCUUCUUCUCAGCAGGUGAUGGCUCAUGUUGUUACGUAAACAGUCAAGGGGAGACAACUGUAGAGUUGACAGGUGCAGAUUGUGAUCCACUUUAUCGCGUGUCCAGUGAUGGUAGUCAUAUAUACACAUGUUGUAGAGACGGACUCAUUCGUAAAUAUAGCCUCUCUCAUGUAGGUCUUUCGUCAUGACAACAGCCUAGCCUCACUCUGAAAUCAUUUGCAGAUAUUUUACAUGUGUUACAUUAUUGAUAAUAUUUUUAUAUCAGUUAUUAUCCUGUUACCUUCUUAAUUUUUUUUAUACUUAUCCAAAACCAGUUGGAGAAAAUGAAAUCAGCUCAACCAUUUUUUUGCAAGAAAUGCUUUAUGAGGCACUGUAACAGAUGAGAAACUGACAGGUACCACAUUGGAUCUGAUAUGGAAUUUUAUGACAAUAGAGACUGAUCUGACAAUAUGAAAUGAUAAGACCAAAGGGAAUGGUAUGGCAAUAUAGAAGAUGUAACAAUAGGGAAGAGUGUGAACAUAGGGAAAAAUGGUAUGGCAGUAAAUAACAGUGACAGUAUAGAAUGAUGUGACAGUAUAGAAUGAUGUGACAGUAUAGAAUGGUGUGACAGUAUAGAAUGAUGUGACAGUAUAGAAUGGUGUGACAGUAUAGAAUGAUGUGACAGUAUAGAAUGGUGUGACAGUAUAGAAUGAUGUGACAGUAUAGAAUGGUGUGACAUUAUGGAAUGUUCUGACAUUAUAGAAUGGUGUGACAUUAUAGAAUGUGACAGUAUAGAAUAAUGUGACAAUGUAGAAUGGUGUGACAGUAUAGAAUGGUGUGACAUUAUGGAAUGUUCUGACAUUAUAGAAUGGUGUGACAUUAUAGAAUGGUGUGACAGUAUAGAAUGGUGUGACAUUAUAGAAUGGUGUGACAUUAUAGAAUGGUGUGACAUUAUAGAAUGGUGUGACAGUAUGGAAUGGUGUGACAUUAUAGAAUGGUGUGACAGUAUAGAAUGGUGUGACAGUAUAGAAUUGUGUGACAGUAUAGAAUGGUGUGACAUUAUGGAAUGUUCUGACAUUAUAGAAUGGUGUGACAUUAUAGAAUGUGACAGUAUAGAAUAAUGUGACAAUGUAGAAUGGUGUGACAGUAUAGAAUGGUGUGACAUUAUGGAAUGUUCUGACAUUAUAGAAUGGUGUGACAUUAUAGAAUGGUGUGACAGUAUAGAAUGGUGUGACAUUAUAGAAUGGUGUGACAUUAUAGAAUGGUGUGACAUUAUAGAAUGGUGUGACAGUAUGGAAUGGUGUGACAUUAUAGAAUGGUGUGACAGUAUAGAAUUGUGUGACAUUAUAGAAUGAUGUGACAGUAUAGUGAUGUGACAGUAUAGAAUGAUGUGACAGUAUAGAAUGGUGUGACAGUAUAGAAUGAUGUGACAGUAUAGAAUGGUGUGACAGUAUAGAAUGAUGUGACAGUAUAGAUUGAUGUGACAGUAUAGAAUGAUGUGACAGUAUAGUGAUGUGACAGUAAAGAAUUGUGUGACAGUAUAGAAUGGUAUGACAGUAUAGAAUGAUGUGACAGUAUAGAAUGAUGUGACAGUAUAGAAUGAUGUGACAGUAUAGUGAUGUGACAGUGUAGAAUGAUGUGACAGUAUAGAAUGGUAUGACAGUAUAGAAUGAUGUGACAGUAUAGAAUGAUGUGACAGUAUAGUGAUGAGACAGUAAAGAAUGGUGUGACAGUAUGGAAUGGUGUGACAGUAUAGAACUGUGUGACAGUGUAGAAUUGUGUGACAGUAUAGAAUGAUGGGACAUUAUAGAAUGAUGUGACAAUAUAGAAUGGUGUGACAGUAUGAUGUGACAGUAAAGAAUGGUGUGACAGUAUGGAAUGGUGUGACAGUAUAGAACAGUGUGACAGUAUAGAAUUGUGUGACAGUAUAGAAUGAUGGGACAGUAUAGAAUGAUGUGACAAUAUAGAAUGAUGUGACAGUAUAGAAUGGUAUGACAGUAUGAUGUGACAGUAAAGAAUGGUGUGACAGUAUAGAUUGGUGUGACAGUAUAGAAUGAUGUGACAAUAUAGAAUUAUGUGAUAUUAUAGAAUGAUGUGACAGUAUAUAAUGGUGUGACAGUAUAGAUUGGUGUGACAGUAUAGAAUUCUGUGACAGUAUAGAACCGUGUGACGGUAUAGAAUGGUGUGACAGUAUAAAAUGAUGUGACAAUGUAGAAUGAUAUGACAAUAUAGAAUGAUAUGACAAUAUAGAAUGGUGUGACAGUAUAGAAUGGUGUGACAAUGUAGAAUGGUAUGACAGUACAGAAUGGUGUGACAGUAUAGAAUGGUAAAUACUUUAGCAUGGAUACCAUAUAAUUUCUGAUCCAUAGAAAUGACUGUAAUUGACAGUAGAUUGUCACAAAAUAUGCAGAUGGCUAGCAGAGUUUAUUGAUGUCCACUUCAUUUAUUAUUAAGUUUAUAAAUUAAAUGAAAAAAUAAA